AUGGCGGCGCCUCAGGCAUCCAGAGGUCUGCUUGAGCUCUCCUUGGGAAAAUUCCGGAACGUGGUACUGAACCGGAGCAGUCCGGUGGAGGCUGUGACCAGGGACAUUGCAAGCAAUGUGACUGUCAUUGUUUUCCAAGUGCAUGCCCAGCAGAGCGAUGUGGUCAUAUCCUUUGAUAAGCAUCCAUCUGUUAACAGCUCAGGAAUUGGAGUAGACAAAGGACUGGUUUCCAUCCUUCGGCUUCAGCAGACUGUAUGUACGUGGUACCUUCGGGCACUGGAUGUCAGCCAGGUGCUCAGCACAGCUAUCUCCAUUCCCUACAUGGAGAGAGAUCCUAUUCCUGGAGGUUGCAAUCUAGAAUUUGACUUGGAGGUGGAUCCUAACAUUUACCUGGACUAUACGUUGGUUGAUACGCACAUCAAGUUUGCCCCUGCAAACUUGGGGUAUGCCAGAGGAGCAAACCCACCAUCCUGUGAUUCAGGGACGGCUCAGAACUCGAGGUGGCGACUGCGCUAUGAUGUCUAUCAGUACUUCUUACCGGAGAACCUCCUUUCUGAAAUGGUGCUCAUGAGCCACAUACAGAAGAUGUCUGAGGUGCAAAGUAUCAAAGCCAAUGGCAUUAAAAUGCUUUCUCUGACAACUGAUGACAAGACCAAUGUCUACUUUUCCUCACUUCCUGGACAAGGUGUAAUCUACAAUGUCAUCGUAUGGGAUCCUCUUUGGAAUACCUCUGCUGCAUACAUACCUGCACAUACAUAUGCCUGCAGCUUUGCUGACUUAGUGGACAACUGCUCUACUCUCAGCAAACCCUCUACCAAAGUAUUCUUCACUACGCUUGCUGUUCUUGGUCUUUUCACUUGUUUUUUUGGACACAGAUUCUGGAAAACAGAUUUAUUCUUCAUGGGCUUCAUAUUUGCAGCAUUCUUCUUCUUUGUAUUCAUUACAAGGAUAACUGGCCUUGGUUAUGAUGUGCGUCUCAUUUUGACAGCAGCAGCUGGAAUUGUUGGAGGGCUUUUGCUGGUUGCAAGCUGGUGGAGAUUUGGGUCUGUCCUGCUUUGUAUGUAUUUUAUUGGACUUGUGCUGGGAUUUCUCUUUUCAUCGGUGGUCUUCUUCACUCCGCUAGGAGACUACAGGGUCUUCCAUGAUGAUGUUGUGUUCUGGGUGACGUUUUCUUCUGUAGCCUUGAUGAUUCCAGUGCUGUUUGUUGGCUGUCCCAGAAUCCUGAACAUAAUGGCCUCUGGAAUAGUAGGCUCUUACACAGUGAUUCUGGCUAUUGCUUGUUAUGUCUACACAAGUCUUUCUUACAUCACCUUAGACCUACUCAGAAGGAUUCUCAAUGAUUACUUCAGCAGAGCUUACACCAAUGUGCCUUUUCAAAGAAAUGACUUCAUUAUCCUGUCAGUGUGGACAAUGCUGGCCCUCAGUGGAGUAACUGUGCAGCUUCGCCAAGAGAGAAGCAAGGUGCCUUUCCCACCACACCCCUAUCUCACCUGGAAGCGAGAAAGGGAGCGCAGAAGCACUAAUGUCUUGGACCCUAGUCAUCAUAUCCCUCCCCUGAGGGAGAGGAUCAGUAACAAGCUGCUGCAUAUCAAAGAGUUUUUUCACAAAGAGCAGCCAGCUGGGGAGAGAACUCCAUUGCUUCUGUAAUCUGCCAAAUAACUGGUGGGAACAGAGAGGAAGACUCUAGAAAUGGUGAGAUGAGGGAUCACCAGUAAACCAACCAGUGGUGCAGGAUUUACCACUGCUGAAUUGCACUGCUUAAUACGAGGAUCAUAUUUACUCAGCCUGGAAUAGAAGCUCCCAGUCUGGUACACUACAUGCUCUUUUGUGACUCUUUCCUCAGUGGCCCACUCAGCCUGCUGCAACGUGUCUAGCUGCAGGAACUUGUCCUCAUGGUCAGGUACAGGGGUUUAUCACUGGUCAUCUUGCUGUUUGGUUGUGUGAGGUACAAACCAGCUGUUUCAAAAGCCAUGUGUCCAAUGCUGGUUCCUUCCCUCACAGUGUGGAAACUACUGCUGAAAUCCAGCUUGCCUUUGGGAGCAAGUCUGUUGAAUUGUGAGGUGUGAGAGACAAGGGCCACACACAGGAGUUCUUGUAGGAACUGAAGUGUCACCUUCUACUGUAGGUAGGAAAUGCGUGGCUGCAGACAAAACCUCUGAAGAAGCAUUACCAGACGUUGCAAGCUAUGCUUAAGUGACUUGAAUUUAAACUGCACUGAAUUAACCGUUUUAAAUACGCACGGUGCGGCUCAGGAGUUGGACCUGAUCCGAAACAAGAAGACUUUUCCCCUUGCUUUUGGAUGGUUCUGUAGCAAGCUUGUCAUCUGGUCUCUGUGCAGAAGUGACUGCUAAGAGAACACAAUAGGUUUGCCUCCUUGUUUGCUUUCUGAACAGUGUGUGUCUUGUUUCUCCUCUGGUAUAAUCUCUCUCUUGAUGGUGCUGUCACAGAAGAACUAAAUCAGCUCUGUGUAGGCAAUGGCAAAUUGUUUGUUUUUCUCCUGAAACUGGUUGAAAAACUAACAAUUUUUAAUCAAUAUAUCUUUCGAGUUUGCCUUUUAAGGAGUGAAAACAGCAUCCAGCUAGCAAAGUACUGACUUUGCCUGCUGACUGAUUGUGUUUCUUACCAGUUUGGAUUGCACAUGCCCGAAGCAUUAUGUAGUACUAAAAACAGAUAAAGGACUGCUGCUGCCUUGAGUAGAGGAUUGUGAUCAACAGUGGUGGCUUUGUUUGCUUCCUUAAAAGUGAAUUAAACAGCCAUAUUCAAGAUGCAAACAGGAGCAUUGUGGCUCACAUAAACACACCAGCAGUCCUGAGGCUGUCCAUGUUUUACCUACCCCUGCCCUCAUGGCAGUCCCUGGUCUUCAUGUUCAGUGCUUACAAAGUGAUCUGUCACGUGUUAAAUGAUGCUUGAAGUCUUGAUGCAGAUUAUGGUGACUCACUCAUCUUUCUCAUUAUCUGUGCCUCUAGUGUGAGCAGCUAAGUGCAGAGUCCUUCCUGCCUGACGGUGAAUGGCUGUUUGGCUACCCGAGUGGAAUCACCUUAGUGGUGGAAACUUAAGUUCUUGGGCACCACUUCCAAUUCUUGAUAGUAAGUAGGUAAGAAACAACUUUGUAAGGAAACUGGCAAAAUAACUGUCUCUGGGAAUUUAGUUGAAAGUUAAACCACCUUGGCUAAUAGGAAGGAAUUAAUGGCUCUGAAAUGAUUCACCAGCCAUUUUUCUUUUCAAGAGUGAAGGCCUAGUGAUGUAUUGCCUGAGGGGACUGGGCUCAUCUGAUGUUUAGAGGGACAAAUCCCACAAUGCUAGAACCUCUGCUUCAAACAGCAAAGUAAGCCUGAAAUCUGGCAGUUUGGGUUGUGCUUGGUUGUGCUGUUGCGUGGCACAGGGGGGUGCCUGAGAAGC